GGCGAGCGCGUCGAGAGCCAGUUUUAAGUGAGUCGCCGUGGAAAUCGGUUCUGUGAAAGGUCCUCCAGUGUUGUGCGGUGUUAUCGUGUUUGUCUUAGCCUCCUCUGGCAGGUUCGAAGCGUUCGAGCAAUCGUAGUACACACACGUCGCCGACGUGAGAGAGAGAUCCGCCGUGGUGCAGUUUGAACGUGUUUUGCCGUGCUCCGCGUGUCACCGAAACUCGGUUCUCGGUAGUGAGUGAGUGUGAGUUCGGCCAGUUCGCCAACGGUUCGUCGUCGUCGUGUGUUUCGUGUGAUCUCUCGCUCGAGAGAGAGCGAACUGCCGAGUGUGUUGUGUGCGUGUGUGCGGCUCUCGCUCGCGCGGCGGUGAGAUUGAUUCGCUCGCGAGAGAGCAGUGAGAGAGCGGAAGCGUGAGCUCGAGAGCGCGAGUCAAGGCAGCCCUCGAAGGAAGCAGUAAAUUGUAAGCCGCAGUAGUUAGCAGCCGUCGUCGUCCUAGUUCGCAGCAAGCGUCGUUGUCGUCUUCGUGUAUCCAGCGCCCGCAGUAGUCGCCGCAGCCCGCCACCGUCAGCCAGUUUUUUGCCAGCAGACACCAACCCUUUCUUAGCAGCAAAAUGGCCGAUCAACUUACGGAAGAACAGAUUGCCGAAUUCAAAGAAGCGUUCUCGCUCUUCGACAAGGACGGUGAUGGCACAAUCACGACCAAGGAGUUAGGCACCGUUAUGCGAUCCCUAGGCCAGAACCCCACAGAAGCAGAACUGCAAGACAUGAUCAACGAAGUCGACGCGGACGGCAACGGUACGAUCGAUUUCCCCGAGUUUCUAACAAUGAUGGCUCGCAAAAUGAAGGACACUGAUAGUGAAGAGGAAAUCCGGGAGGCGUUCCGAGUCUUCGACAAGGAUGGCAACGGUUUUAUCUCGGCCGCCGAGCUGCGCCACGUCAUGACUAAUCUCGGCGAGAAGCUAACAGACGAGGAGGUAGAUGAGAUGAUCCGUGAAGCCGAUAUAGAUGGCGAUGGCCAGGUUAAUUAUGAAGAAUUCGUAACAAUGAUGACAUCGAAGUGAGCUGCAGGUCGAUACAUUGCGCCUUUCUAUUUGUUUAUUAAGAAGACUGUAGCCACGCGCAACACCAGCUGCGCAACGCUAUCGCUAUGGAUUUAAAAGGAAGAAAAUGAAGAAUGCAGCGUGGGAUGAUGAUGAUGGGGACACAGAGCAGCAAGAUGAUGGUGAUGAUGAUGAUGAUGAUGAAAAGGAAGGAAGGAGAAAAAAUACAAAGAGUAAACAUACCGCAAGUUAAAAAAGGAUUAACAUUAAAUUUAACUUAAAAAGCAGCAAAACACAACAGAAAAUACAACAACCAAACCAAGCGUGUGUGAAAGAAGCAGCUUACGCGAAAAACGAAUACAACACCCGGCGGUGAGCGGAUGUGUGGUCAAGUCAAGAUAAUAACCAUGUACUGUGUGUGCACCACAACACAGGAUACAAGCAUGUAACAUCAAAAUAAGUACCACUACUACUACUACUACAGCAGAGCAGCAACCACAACAACAACAACAACAUCCACCACAGAGCAACAGGAAAGGAACAAAAUAGAAGCCACUAAUAGAACAUCUUCUCACCACUCUCUCCAACAACAACAACAACAACCAUCACAAGAGACACAACACACCUCUCUCUUCUUCUACCACGCAAGCAGGAGGCGCGAAAGAGAAAGAGAAAAAAAAGGUAAAACUCUCUCAUUUUCAAAACGAAAUCCUUACUGCAAAAAAGUAAACAAAAUGGAAAUGGAACAAAAACAGAGCCGCGGGCUGAAGAGAAACAAAAAAAACAAAAGGCAAAAAGUAUAACUUAAAACAAUUUUAAUUGUAACAACCACAAUUAUAAAUAAGAUAAAUAAAAAAAAUGGUAAAAGAAAGAAAAACAAACAAAAGGGCAUACAAUCAACUCUCCUAUUACAUAAAACUAUAUAAUCGUUAACAUCAUGAUAUAACAAGACACACAGCCUACAGAAAACUGCAACAAACACACCACACACACCGUACACCGACACACAAACACAGACAGACAAACACACAAGAUGAGACAGCCACAACAACAGUCCUGCGCUACGUUUUUCAUUUGCAUUGUUCACGAUCGGUGAUCGGCCGUGAGGCGCGCGCGCGUGAAGUAAGAGAUUAAAAAACAACAAAAAGGCACGAUGAAAAGAUGAUUUAAAUUAAAAACUCUACAUUUAAAAAAACGCUAUCCUUAAACUAUUUGUGUAAAUUUUUUUUUGUAAAAAUAAAAAGAAUGAAAUCUACGAACGCGUCGCUAUUAUGAUGCUCCUCCUUCUCGAUGUUAAGUGACCGACGAUGAUGUUACACAUUUUUAGGGUCCCCACCCCCCCAUGAUUGGCUACGACGAAAUCGAUCCAUCCACCAGCACCAGCACCUGCUUUUGAUCCCGGGAAAAGGCCGGAACAAAAUGAAAAAGUGUGUGCUGCGCUCCACAACGCGCGCCAGGCCAGAAUUGGAAGAGACUUAAUGAAUGCCGUGUACUAGUGACCAUCGUGCACUUGCUUAGUCUCUGUCUCUUUAGUUGUGACCCUUUAAUACACUACGCGCGUCCUCAACAGCAGGAACUCGAAAACCCACGACACCUAACGACGCACAUAUAACACAGUUCACGAUACUAUACUCAACACAAAAUGGCUGAAGGCCGAACGAGGUCUCAAUCAAUCUGUCCUCUCUUCCGGGUAGCACUGCCGGCCGCUAAUUGGCUUCUUGUUGGUUGUUUCCCCUAAUUGGUGAAAAGAUGUAACGACGCCGGACUAGACCAGAAGCCACACCGGCAGCAGCAGCAGCAGCAUCAGCAGCAAGCAUCAAUAACACCGGGCAGAGGCGCAGCAUCAGCAACAUCAGCAGCAGCAACAGCGACCAGCGAGAUUUGUAUUGUGGCAAUAACCGGCUUGCAGCUUGACUAACACCACACGCAACACGCGCUCUGCGGAUCGAGAUACGGUCCACUUUUACAGUUUGGGAUUUGGUCUUUUUUCAGGUUGAAGGUUUGUUGUAUGGUUCGUUGAGCGCUGAUAUGAUGAGCGAGUGGCGCAUUUUCCUCGUGGUCUGUUAGUUGGUGGUUCAGUACUAGCUUGCUAAGUGUUGCAAAGAGCCCGAAGGGCAAGACGGAUGAAGGAAACGAAAAUCAAAUCUCUAGCCAGAAAGGAAGGAAGGGAAAGGGUCAAGGGAAAAAAGCGUUGCAGCCGAAGACGGAAAUCGUAGCGGAUAGUGGAGAUGAAAAAUAAUUGCCAUCAUUGUUACGAAGUCGAAAUCCAAUCCACUUAUAAUCCAAAAGCGCAAAACACAACACAUCUUGUAGCGAAAGUGUUUGAGACAAAACAAAAAUUACAACAAAAAAACAUUGGAAAGGCGGCCAGUCUUUUAGAGAGAAAGAACAUUUGUGUGCGGCGGUCACGGCAAAAAGUUGUGUAAGUUGUGCGUGUUGAAUGCCGCCGAAACAACAACAACUAACACACACACACACGGACCCACACACACAGUAUGUAGAGCACUUACACAAGAGCAACAAAAAAAGGAAGAAGCGAAGCGUGUUAGGGCCGGAUGAGCAUAGCGACAAAACAAAAAACUAAGAGAUAGUAAAAGCAGUAAACUUAAUUGAUAAAAAUAAGAGCUUUUCACUAAGAACUACUACUAUCAGCAGUGUGUAAGAGAAAAAGAGAAACAUAAGAAAUCGUUAGUGAAGCAAAAUUACAGAAACUGCGAAAACAAAAGACACACCGA